CUGGAAGCAGAACGAUCAAGUUUAUUCCAUCGAUUCGCUCUGGAAAUUCAAAAAAUUUUGAAUCCAUAUUUUGAAUGUCGUGUGGUCCUGGAUAUCUAUGGAUCAACGAGAAACGGAUUCGGUACCAGAUUCUUCGAUGUUGAUAUGCCACUUUCUUUCUCACCGAGCCCACCUUCUCAGGCAACAAACUCGCAUUGAGUAAUGAGAACUUUUGCGAAAGCACUUGUCGAUUGGAUUCAAAACGGGAGCAAUGGUUACUAUGAAGGAGAUGAGUUACUGGAUGAUGGUGCUCUCUGAACGAUGCCAGAAGCAACGUUCAUUGAGUGCUUUGGUAAUCUGGAUGUCACAAGAAGACCUGCCUAUUUGAGACCUCCGGCAGCUCUCUGUAUGUUUUUUUUCCAUAUCACAAAGAAAAUUUGAUAUCCUUUCUAAAAAAUAAUGCAAAUUAAAACAAUUUUUUCAGAUAAGUAUUCGAUGCACUACAUCCGUACGUUGCCAUGCCGUGCACCUACAUAAUGGAUAUAAGCGCUGCAAUGAACGUAUAUUGCAUGAGAAAUUGUUUGGAAACUGAACAAUCCGAUUUAUUUCAUCGAUUCGCACUGGAAAUGCAAGCACAUUUCAGUGCAUUUUUUGGAAGUCGCGCUGUCCUGGAUAUCUGCGGUUCAACCAGAAACGGAUUCGGUACCCGGUUCUGUGAUGCCACUUUCUUACUCACCGAGUCUACCUUCUUGGGAAAAAACUCGGAUCGAGUAAUGAGAACUCCUGCGAAAGCACUUGUCGAUUUUCCGGAUGAUGUCGACGAGGGAUAGGUCAACACCAGACUGACCGCGACAUGGAUAUGGAAGCAGAGUAAGUUUUCAUAAAUCGUAGCAGAAAUUGAAAUUCCACUCAAAAUUUGAAAUUUUUUCAGCAUCAGUUACAAGAAUGAUUUGGCUCUCAACAGUACUCAGAUUUUACAACAAUGCUUCAAGUGGGAUCCCGAAAAAUUACCGACUCUCGGAGUUUGGCUGAAGGCCCGGGCAAGGAGAUGUGGAAUUGGAUAUGCAUCAAAAGGAUCGCUAUCUAUCUUAACUCCCGUGUUGACAAAUGAUCCGGUUGAGGCGGAUCAUUAUUUGGCACAAAGAUUGGAUCUGUCAGGUAAGUUAUUAGAAACCUUGUUCAUUCUAUACUUCAUAUUUGCAGUAUACAUAUACAUUCGAUCGUGUAUGGAAAAAUCGAAGAAAGUAUUCACGGAUUGCCGCAUGCGUUCGGAGUCCUCUCCCACCACCCAUCAAAUUUCGUUUUUCUAUUUCUCUAUUUUCAUUGAAAAACAUCGGAAAAUCGGAAAAAAAAAUGAAAGCACCGAAUUUGACCAGAAAUUUGCGCAAAACAACUAAGUAAACAUGAGACUAUCAUAUUUGAUACAAAUGUGA